UGUCGUGUACGAGGUUGUAGUAGGUCUAUUAUUCAAGAACACCUACAGAUUAUAGAGUCCGAUCCCUCGUAUGAACCAACUAAAACAAUUACACGCCCAUUCACUGAGGGUCGGCACAGAUUUUGCCAAAGAUCUAAUCACCAGACUGAUAGAAAUCCCCAACGUAAAUUAUGCACAUAAGGUGCUCGACAGUUUUCCCCACCCAACUAUUUCCCUCUACAACAAGCUCAUCCAAGCCCAUUCUUCUCACGGCCCGCAUUCUCGAUGCCUCUCUCUCUACUCCCAACUCCUUCAACGAUCCUUGCUUCCCACUCCUCAUUCCUUCACCCUCCUCUUCGUCGCCUGUGCCAAGCUUUCUAGUCGUUCCCACGGCCAAAUGGUCCACGCCCAUUUUCUCAAAUUCGGGCUUGAUCAAGACGCCUAUGCCUUGACCGCAUUGGUUGACAUGUAUGCUAAGAUGGGCUUGCUGCAUUUCGCAAGAAAAGUGUUUGAUGAGAUGGAUGGCAAAGAUGUGCCCACAUGGAAUUCUUUAAUUUCAGGUUAUGCAAGAAGAGGGGAUUUGGAUGAAGCGUUGCGCUGCUUCUUGGCUAUGCCGUCAAGGAAUGUCAUUUCUUGGACUGCUUUGGUGUCGGGGUAUUCACAGAAUGGGAGAUAUAGGGAGGCUUUGGAGAUGUAUUUGGAGAUGGAGAGAGAGGGCUUAGUUAGGCCUAAUCAUGUCACAAUAGCUAGUGUUCUUCCGGCUUGUGCUAAUCUUGGUGCGUUGGAGGUGGGGCAGAGGAUUGAGGCUUAUGCUCGUGCAAAUGGCUAUUUCAGAAACGCCUUUGUCUGUAACGCGGCGCUGGAGCUGUAUGCAAGGUGUGGCAUGAUUGAGAAGGCAAUGCAGUUGUUUGAUGAAAUUGGCGGCGGUAGAAAUUUAUGUUCUUGGAAUAGUAUGAUCAUGGGUUUAGCUGUCCAUGGAAGAUGUCAGGGAGCUCUGGAUCUGUUUAACCAAAUGCUGAGGGAAGGAAUCACCCCGGAUGAUGUCACGUUCGUGGGUGUGAUCCUAGCAUGUACUCAUGGAGGGAUGGUUGAGAAAGGCCGGGAGCUCUUCAACGCAAUGGAGCAAAAGUUUCUCAUCUCGCCAAAGCUAGAACACUACGGAUGCAUGGUGGAUCUUCUAGGUCGAGCAGGACUAAUGCAAGAAGCCUAUGAACUAAUUAUGGCCAUGCCGAUGAAGCCAGAUUCAGUCGUAUGGGGAGCUUUGCUCGGAGCCUGCAGUUUUCUUGGAAACGUCGAAUUUGCCGAGAGAGCUGCUGAGGAACUCUUUAAGUCGGAGCCAUGGAAUCCUGGCAAUUAUGUGAUUCUUUCCAACAUCUAUGCGAAAACUAACAAAUGGAACGAAGUGGCGAAGCUGAGGAAGUUCAUGAAAGGCUCCAACACCUCUAAAGCAGCAGGCCACAGCUUUAUAGAAGAAGGAGGCAGACUCCACAAGUUUUUAGUCGAAGAUAAGUAUCAUUCCAGAUCCAAUGAGAUUUUUACUGUGUUAGAUUUUGUCACUGCUCAAAUGAGAUUGCCUCGGAAAACUGAUUUUUUGGAUUCAAUCACUGAUGAAAUAAGAUUCAUGGAGUCAUCUUGAAUAUUUUGUGUUUCAAUAGGAAAAUACUUAAUGAGCCAAAUUAUGAGGAUCUUUCUAACCUGUUCAUCACCUUCUACUCAGAAUUCAAUUUGUUUUUUGUUUUCCAUUCUGUGUACUUGGAAACUCAUUUGCAUCUGAUUUUAGAUUUAAUAAACUCAAUUACCAUUUUGACUUUAUAAAAAA